GGGCGCGACACUUCCCCUUGUUGCGGGAAGUACAGCGGCCGGCCCUGCCCCCGCCUUUGCUUUUCCUUUUCCCUCGGCUCGUCCUGGGAGCCUCUGCGCUCGGAGCAGCCGCCGGCCCGCGUCCGUGGAGCGUCCGUGUGCCCGGGCCCGGGAAAGUUCAUCAGCUUGAUAAUGGAGGAGAACAAUGACUCCACCGACUACCCCCAGCAAGGUCAAGGGCGGAACAAUGCCAUGAAGUGUGGGUGGCUGAGGAAGCAAGGAGGCUUUGUCAAGACUUGGCAUACUCGCUGGUUUGUGCUCAAGGGUGAUCAGCUCUAUUAUUUCAAAGAUGAAGAUGAAACAAAGCCUUUGGGUACUAUUUUUCUGCCUGGAAAUAAAGUCCUUGAACAUCCAUGCAAUGAAGAGAGCCCAGGAAAAUUCCUCUUUGAAGUAGUUCCAGGAGGCGAUCGAGAUCGGAUGACAGCAAACCAUGAGAGCUAUCUCCUUAUGGCGAGCACCCAGAAUGAUAUGGAAGACUGGGUUAAGUCCAUCCGCCGAGUCAUAUGGGGACCUUUUGGAGGAGGCAUUUUUGGACAGAAACUGGAAGACACUGUCCGUUAUGAGAAGAGAUAUGGGAACCGUCUGGCUCCAAUGUUGGUGGAGCAGUGUGUGGACUUUAUCCGACAAAGGGGGCUAAAAGAAGAGGGUCUCUUCCGACUGCCAGGCCAGGCUAACCUAGUGAAGGAGCUCCAGGAUGCCUUUGACUGUGGAGAGAAGCCAUCAUUUGACAGCAACACAGAUGUACACACAGUGGCGUCACUUCUUAAACUCUAUCUCCGAGAACUCCCAGAACCGGUCAUUCCUUAUGCAAAGUAUGAAGAUUUUUUGUCCUGUGCCAAACUGCUCAGCAAAGAAGAAGAAGCUGGUGUUAAGGAAUUAGCAAAGCAGGUGAAGAGUUUGCCAGUGGUCAAUUACAACCUCCUAAAGUAUAUUUGCAGGUUCUUGGAUGAAGUACAGUCCUAUUCUGGAGUUAACAAAAUGAGUGUGCAGAACUUGGCCACUGUCUUUGGCCCUAAUAUCCUACGCCCCAAAGUGGAAGAUCCUUUGACUAUCAUGGAGGGCACUGUGGUGGUCCAGCAGUUGAUGUCAGUAAUGAUUAGCAAACAUGAUCGCCUCUUCCCUAAAGAUACAGAACCACAAGGCAAACCCCAAGAUGGAGUGAGCAACAACAACAAUGAAAUUCAGAAGAAAGCCACCAUGGGCCAGCUACAGAACAAGGAGAACAAUAAUACCAAGGAUAGUCCUGGUAGGCAGUGCUCUUGGGAAAAGUCCGAGUCUCCCCAGAGAAGCAGCGUGGAUAAUGGAUCCCCCACAGCUCUACCAGGGAGUAAAACCAACAGCCCAAGGAACAGCGUUCAUAAGCUGGAUGUCUCUAGGAGCCCCCCUCUCAUGGUCAAAAAGAAUCCUGCUUUCAACAAGGGCAGUGGGAUAGUCACCAAUGGGUCCUUCAGCAGCGGUAAUGCAGAAGGUCUGGAGAAGACCCAAACCACUCCCAAUGGGAGCUUACAGGCCAGAAGGACCUCUUCGCUGAAGGGGUCUGGUACCAAAAUGGGCACCCACAGUGUACAGAAUGGAACAGUGCGAAUGGGCAUUUUGAACCCCGACACACUUGGGAACCCCUUGAACGGUCGCAGCAUGAGCUGGCUGCCUAAUGGCUACGUGACCCUGAGGGAUAAUAAGCAGAAAGAGCAAGCAGGAGAGUCAGGCCAGCACAACAGGCUCUCCACCUAUGAUAAUGUCCAUCAGCAGUUCUCCAUGAUGAACCUUGAUGACAAGCAGAGUGUUGACAGCGCCACCUGGUCCACUUCCUCCUGUGAAAUCUCCCUCCCCGAGAAUUCCAACUCCUGCCGUUCCUCCACCACCACCUGCCCAGAGCAAGACUUUUAUGGGGGUAAUUUUGAGGACCCUGUUUUGGAUGGGCCCCCGCAGGAUGACCUCUCCCACCCUGGGGACUAUGAAAACAAAAGCGACCGGAGGAGUGUGGGAGGCCGGAGUAGUCGUGCCACCAGCAGCAGUGACAACAGUGAGACAUUUGUGGGCAACAACACCAGCAACCACAGUGCACUGCACAGCUUAGUGUCCAGCCUAAAACAGGAGAUGACCAAGCAGAAGAUAGAGUAUGAGUCCCGGAUAAAAAGCUUGGAACAGCGAAACUUGACUUUGGAAACAGAAAUGAUGACCCUCCACGAUGAACUGGAUCAAGAAAGGAAAAAGUUCACAAUGAUAGAAAUCAAAAUGCGAAACGCUGAGCGAGCAAAAGAAGAUGCAGAGAAAAGAAAUGACAUGCUUCAGAAAGAAAUGGAGCAGUUUUUUUCCACGUUUGGGGAGCUGACAGUGGAACCGAGGAGAACCGAGAGAGGAAACACAAUAUGGAUCCAGUGAGCCUGCUUCCUCCCGUUGUCUCCCAAUGGAUCUGGGAAGGGCUCUGGGGUUCCGGUGGAAACAUUACAUGGGAUCAGGUGGCUGGUCACCUGCUGUACAGUGCUCUAACUGGUGAAGGAAUAUCAUUUACAGACAUUAUCCAUCCAUAUCUGCAAUGUGUACCAAAGUUAUAUCAUGCCCCAUAAUGCUACUGUCAAGUGUUACAACUGGAUAUGUGUAUAGAGAGUAGUUUUUAAAAAGUAAGCUAAAAAAAUGAGAAGCAUAUCUCAAGAAUUAUUUUAUUGCAAGUCUUGUAUUUAAAAUGUUAAAUCAAUAUGUUGUUGCAAUUUAGCUUGCUUCCAAGCUUCACCCCUUGCACUUAACAUAAGCUAUUUUUGGCAUUGUGUUAUCAUCAGCUUAUUUUAUAGAUCAAUAUUUUUAUUUCCCCUUUUGCUGAGGAAACGAAGAUAAGCAGAUAUAUAAAUAUAUAUAAAUAUAUAUCAGAUGAGUUAUUAAAAUCAAAACAAUACUUUGUGGCUGUGCUGUUUGUGCCAAUAGACCUCGCCAUUGACCAAAAAGAGAAAUGUAAAUAGUUUUAUAAAAUACAAUUGAAUCACCAGGAA